AUCAACGUAGAAAGUGCGAUGGGGCACCGGGCACGUACAGUACCCCACAUGUUUACACCAGUGGUAAUCUAUUGGAUAUGAAUAAGGAUGAAACCAACUCAGGGAUCUUCUGCGACAACUUUACUUUUGAUUUGCUGAUGUGCUGACAAGAUCCUGGCACCACUGGCAAGUCCUUUACGCUCUCUCGCUCACUAAGGCAUGGCUAAAGUGUCCAACGGUAAGAGAAAGAGAGAUCUUUCACCAGCCUCUGAAGACUCCAAUAACAAGAGAUCCAAUGGAUUACCAUCGCCACCCACACAGGCUCUGAGAACCAAGGGCCCACCACGUUUUACGCGCUGUUUUGAACAUCUCCAUGAAGCCAUUUCUCUCUCAGACCUGUCUGAACUGCUUCAGUAUGCGGCCUUGGGGAAAACAGUCACUCAGCCAAGUUGGUGUCGCCUUCAUCACCAGCGUAAGCUUUCUGGAGUGACUGUCACCAUACUGGACGAUGUGACUCAAGUCCACUUCUACCGAUAUUAUCCACAGUUCAAAAACCUCCGGAGGAGGUACACGACAAGAUGCACUCUGCUUCCCUGUGCUGGUGAUGUGUCCUCUUCUAUUCUCAACUCUGCGUUGUCCUAUGCCGACACCGUGACUUCAGAAAAUCCCAAAAGCGAUCUACGAUGGCAUCCGGUGAUCAGGAAGUUUGGUUUGAAAACUCGCAGGCUCUCCGCAUACGUGCUUACAGCAGAGGAAAUGUCGAAGAACAAGUUUCCUCUUAAAGGUGCCCCAGACUGUAAAGCAUUUGUUUGCACAGGGAAAGAUGAUCACGUGACUGACAAUAGCCCACUCUAUGGGCUAGACUGUGAGAUGUGUUUGACGAAGAUGGGACAGGAGGUGACGCGGGUGUCCCUGGUGGACAGCUCAGGGCAGUGCGUGCUAGAUGAACUUGUCAAGCCGCAAAAUCCAAUUCUUAACUACCUCACCAGGUUCUCUGGGAUCACUAAAGACAUGCUGGCGCGGGUCACCACGCAACUCUCAGACGUCCAGUCAAAACUCAUACAGCUGUUGCCCCAGGACGCCAUUCUGGUUGGCCACUCCCUCGAUUGUGACCUCAGAGCCCUGCAGAUGAUUCACCCGAAUGUAAUUGACACAUCUCUUCUGUACAAGAGAGAGUAUGGCGGAAGAUUUAAACUGAAGGUUUUGGCGGAGGUGAUCUUGAAGAAGGAGAUCCAGAGUGAGGAGAGGAAAGGUCACGACCCCUCAGAGGACGCCCUCGCUGCUCUGGAGCUGGCACGGUAUUUCAUCAGCAAAGGACCCCAACAGGUUGUUGACCUACAUCUCCAGGAGUUAUGGGGCGGGCCCCCCAGACUCCCAGACUCCCCCGUAAAUGGUUCCUCCCACACGAGCCCAACUCUGACCUCCCCUCUGGCCUCCCUAAUGUCCUCCGGUCCUCCCAUCUCCCGCCUGACGUUUGGUCCCGCCCUCUUAAAAAUGGGCCAACCGGCACUGCAGCUGGGCCGACUGGCGGGGAUUGACAGCCAUUCAUCCAAUGAGCUUUGGCGCAGGCAGAGCUGUAGUUCUGACAGGAAGGUGCUGGAGGCUCUGAGAAGGCAGGUGCAGUCUCACUCCCUCUGCCUGCUGCAGCUCAGCUCCUACGCCCAGCUGCUCACACACACACAUCCUUCCUACACACACCGCAACCUGCGCAAGCUCAUGGGUGGUCUGAGGGAGAUGUGUGUGGUGUACGUGGGUCCUCUGUCUCCAGAGUGCACUGAGAGGGACGUGAAGAGGCUUUGCAGCAGCUGUGGGGCCCUCCGAUCAGUGAGACUGCUGAGCUCCACACACCGGGUCCAUGCUGUAGUAGAGUAUGAGCUGUUAGAAGGUGCGGUUCUGGCAGUGGAGAGACUUAAUGGCUGUGAGCUACUUGGAUGUCCUGUGAAGGUGCAGAGACCGGUGGGAGAGUUAACUCUGGACACGGAGGAGUACCUGUAUGACCUGUUUGAGGACGCCCUUAACGAGCGCGUGAUCUACGCCACCGGCGUCACCACGGACGACCUCCAGAUGACCAUGGACCAGUUUGGCCCCACCGAGGGAGUCCGCCUCCUGCCGCAGCAGAAGAAGAGGAAGCAUGCGUUUGUCAAAUAUCACAGCACAGAAGCUGUGGAGGUCACCCUAGACCCGUCAGCAGAGCCUUCUCUCGGACAGGUUAAGGUGUGUCGGGCACUCACCCCACCACACCUGUGCACCUGGGUGCCAGACGCACCCGAGACUCCACAUAGCAACGGAGAGAACGGCGUGACGGAGGACAGGAGAGACAGACAGGAGGUUGGAGAGGAAGAUGUAGAUGAGGAGCUGGAAGCAGAGGUGGACAUGAAGACGGCCGGUGUGAUGAGGAAGUUGGACUCAAAGGUGGGGAAGAUACUCGACUCCUUACCUGACAACACACUCAGCAUCGUCAUCUUACCUGGAAAGGAGAGUUUCCAUGGCGUGUCUCAACUUGGCCUGUGCUUCCUAGAGGUCAAACAGAGGUCAACUGCCUCACCUUUAGACUGAAGGGGACCCAGAGGAACAUACAAAACACUGAUGGGAGAAAGGACACGCACCUCCAUGAUGACUUGACUGAGAAAGGACACGCACCUCCAUGAUGACUGAGAAAGGACACAUGAUGACUUGACUGAGAAAGGACACAUGAUGACUUGACUGAGAAAGGACACAUGAUGACUUGACUGAGAAAGGACACAUGAUGACUUGACUGAGAAAGGACACAUGACGACUUGACUGAGAAAGGACACAUGAUGACUUGACUGAGAAAGGACACAUGAUGACUUGACUGAGAAAGGACACAUGAUGACUUGACUGAGAAAGGACACAUGAUGACUUGACUGAGAAAGGACACAUGAUGACUUGACUGAGAAAGGACACGCACCUCCAUGAUGACUUGACUGAGAAAGGACACGCACCUCCAUGAUGACUUGACUGAGCUAAAACCAAAGAUACUUGAUUCAAAUCACCCGUGCCUACUUUGACAUCACCAGUUGGAAAAGGCAACGAGUCUUCAUCGUUGUUCAUAGGGCUGGUUAGUACUGUAGUGCAUUGCAUUCACAAAAGAGUAUAUAUAACAAACUGGACACGAAGGUAUGAGAUUUUCUUGUAAGUACGAGAUCCUGAUUACGAGUGUCCAAUUUUGUGUUCCUUUUUUUUGUGAAUGCAGUGUUUCCGUAUAGCAUGUCUGAAAAAAGAAACUGUGGUUCUAGAGCUACAUGAUUACUACGUAAUCGUGUGUGUCAUGUGCUCAUGGCUUAUGAGUUGAAUUAAAGUAUGACCUGUCUUUUUUAGGAAAGAGCAAUAUUGUUUUAACAUUUUUAAUCAAAACAUUCUAAAUACACUCUUUUUAAGGAGAUUUGAAUGGAAAGUCAUGUGACUUGCAACAGCCUUGCUUUGGAAACACCACAGACAGCACUUACUAUAAAUAAGUAAUAUUUAAAUAACAAUAAAAGCUAGAUAGCUAGCUUGCUGACAUUUUGGCUUUACCUGUGACUGACAAGCUGUAAAAGCGUUUUACUCUUCAUUUCAGUCAUGAUCACAAAACUACAUCACGAAUAGCCGGCAACUAGUAAGAGGUGUGUCCAUCGAUCCUUAAAAAGAAAUUAAACAGGAUACUAAAAUGACUUGCUUGCCUAUAUACAGUGGUCAAUUUGACCAUACUCUUGCUGUGCACCAUGUGUUUUUGUUCUGGUAUAUUCAUAUAGCAGUCAUCCUAGAUCACAAACUACAUUUAAAAGAAAUCGACCAAAAUAUAAAUAAAAACCUAGAUAAAUCUCACAGGUUUCAUCUCAGCAUUUGUUGUAUUUAAGGUUCCUGAAGUAGGAAAAAAAAAAAAAAAAAAAAAGCCAAGACUGCAAAAAGUGUUUUGAAUUAGCAGUGUUUACCAAUGUUUUACAUGUGAUUUAAGUAUACCAAGGGUCCUCCUACAGUACUGUUGAGCUUGGCUCUAAACACUACACACUUGUGUGUUGACAAAAAUGGAGAAAGUUGUUCUGCACUGAAAGAGGGAAAUGUCCAAACACUUGGCUUAGUAAGAAACAUUCUUUAAUAUUUUCCCCCCAACAAGAGGAUGUUUGACAUUUGCUGAUCAUACAAAAGAUAAUAAUAAUGAAGAAAAUAAACAUCACAAACAUGUAUACAUA